ACAAAAAUUAAAAACAAAAAAAAAAACGUUGUUCUCUGUGCAUUCUGAAACAAUUUUAAUAAAUUUCAAAUAAACAAUAAAAAUAAACCUUAAAUUAAAUAAUUUCUAUGCAAACAUGGAUCAAUAUCCUACUGAAGAAGAGGAAUAUGAGCUCCUUUAUCAGGAGGAAAUGGAAAUGAUUGAUGAUAUUCCAGAAGAACAAUUAAUGAACGAAGUUGAUCAAGUCCUAAAUAAUGAACCACAACCUUGUUGUUCCAAGAGCAUCACUCAAGCAACAGAAAAUGAUGAUUUCUUUCCUGAUUCGCCACAACUUUCACAAAUCUCUGGAACAGCUGUCAAUCGUCGUCUAUUUGGAACUCCAACUGGGGCGAAAAGAGCAUUUUCCACUCCAGUUGCCAAACGAAUGGCACCAAUCGAGGAAAUAGUCUUACCACCGGAUGUCCAAGAGGAACUACAAAACAUUGGACUGAGUAAAAAGCGAAGACUUGAAAGAGAUCUCUUUGGAGACAUUGAUGACUUGGAUGGCAAUAUCACCUACGUAGACCAAGAGGCUAAGAAGAAGAAACUCGAUGAGGAUCGUGACCGAGAAAUGAUACAAAAGGUUCUCGAAGCCAGAAAACUUCAUCAGGCAAUGUCGAAUGCAUUGAAGAAACCUAAAGUCAGUCAACUCGAUGCGAUUCAUGAUUUUAAGAUGAGGAAUCUUUCUUAUCAUGUUCCACAGUGGCCAUUUAUACCUUUACAGCGGAGUGACCAUGAACGAGUCUACGUUCGAUACCACUCGAUGGACUAUGAAACGAAACACAUAAAUGACAUCAAUGUGUUUAGCAAAGGCUAUCGAGGACUUCUUGGUGAGUCUAAGGAAGACAUAUGGAAUGAUGCUAGGGAAAUGGUCGUGCGAAGAAUGACAACAUCUAGUACACAACAAGCUAUAAAUCCGCCUCGUGCUAUUGAUGUUCCUGAACAAGGUCUUGUAGGCUCGAGUAACUUAUGGGUAGAAAAGUACAAACCUAAGAAGUACUUUGACUUGCUCUCUGAUGAAGGCACUAACCGAAAUCUUCUGUAUUGGCUUAAGAUGUGGGAUAAAGUUGUAUUUGGCAAAGAGUUCAAGCCAAGAGAAGAAAAGGAAGACACCAAAGGUUUAAGGAACUUCAAUAAGCAAACAGGCAAAUUUGAAUUGAAAGGAGGAUGGAAGAAAACAAGGAAAUCCAAUCUAAACACAAAUGUUGACCCUCUCGGAAGACCUAUGCAAAAAAUAGCUUUGCUCUGUGGACCUCCUGGUUUAGGAAAAACAACCUUAGCGCACACUAUAGCUACUCAUGCUGGCUAUCAAGUAAGAGAAGUAAAUGCCUCUGAUGACAGAAGUCCGGAUGCAUUUCAAAUGGCACUCGAGAAUGGCACUCAAAUGACAUCUGUAUUGAACACCGACAAGAGGCCUAACUGCAUUAUUUUAGAUGAAAUCGAUGGAGCACCCAGACAAUCAAUAGAGUUCCUCAUACGCUUUAUAUCUGAUAAUGUGGUUGCCAAAGCUAGCAAAAAAGGUGCAAAAACACAGAAAAAUGUUUUGAGACGGCCUAUUAUUUGUAUAUGCAAUGAUCUUUAUGAACCUGCCUUGAGACAACUGCGUCAAGUGGCCUUUGUUGUAACCUUUCCUCCAAUCGCCUCACCUCGCCUUGCUGAGAGACUGAUGGAGAUAGCCAGAAAAGAAAGGAUUAAGACAGAUUUUGGAACGCUUAUCUCACUGGCCGAGAAAUCUGGAAACGAUGUUCGGUCCUGCAUAUCAACCAUGCAAUUUUUCAACGCAAUGAAAAAAGGCAUCACCUUGUCAGAUGUUCUAAAUAGUAAUUUUGGCCUUAAGGAUCGACAUAGAGGACUGUUUGAUGUGUGGGGUUCAAUAUUCAAGAUACAACGACCUCAAAAACAACUCGAUGCAAAAGGUGCCGCUGAUGGAGGUCCUUUGGUAUCAAUGACAGAUAUGAGUCAAUCUACCCGCGUAAAACAUAUUCUACAAGUUGUUCAUUCUGGAGGCGAUUAUAAUAUUUUAAUGCAAGGAGUUUAUGAAAAUUAUCUUCAACAAAAAAUGCCAGAUCCUUAUUUGAAUGGUGUCACUGAAGCAACCAAAUGGUUUUGCUUCUCGGACACAGUCCAACAACAUAUUCAACACUUGCAGAAUUAUACAGUAUACCCAUAUCUGCAGUAUGGUUUUGUCGUUUGGCAUUUGCUGUUUGCCACUUUGGCUUAUCCAAAUGUUAGUUUUCCAAUGCGCGGACAUGAGUUUAACCAAAAGACUACGUUACAAAAGCAGCUCUUUCAAAGUUUCAGAAAAGGCAUUUGCUGCGGCUCAGUUGGUAUUGGUCAGGGUAAAGUAAUUUUGGUUGAGACUGUGCCAAUGUUGAAGAGAAUUCUAUCACCAAAAAUGAGAACUGUUGCAGUGCAACUUUUGUCAGAAAAAGAAAAAGAAGAAUUUACUCAUACGAUAAACAUUAUGGUUGAUUUAGGACUUACUUAUACCCAAGUAAGGAUCUCCGAAGGAACUUAUAAUUAUCAAGUAGAACCUGAUUUGGAUACACUGGCACAAUUUCCUGGUUGUCCGGGAAUACAAGUUAAUUAUCUUGGAAAACAAUUGAUUUCACGUGAAAUUGAAAUGGCACGAAUGAGAAGAUCAGUUCCAAAAGCAAUAGCUGGAACACAGAAAAAUAAAAAUGCUGAAAAUGGAGAAAAAACUACUAAGACAGCAGAAAGCAUAGCAAAAGAUACUCAAACUGCUUUCCUUGAGAGGAUAAAUCCAAAAUGGAUCGCUGAUAAGAAGCCCAAAAAAGUGAAAAAAAUCCCAAAGGAUUUCUUUGGCAGGGUAAUAGUUAAAACAGCGGAGGUUCUAGCAAAAGAGGCUGAACUUGAUCCAGUUGUUAAGAGUCCUAUUUGGUUUAAGUACAAAUUGGGAUUUACGAAUGCGGUUAGGAAAGAUGUUACCAUCAAUGAUUUGCUUUGAAUUUAUUUUUUAUUCGUUUAAAGUUAAAUGUAAUUAUUUAUUAUAAGAAAUGUGAUAAAAUAAAGUUUUUUUUUUAAACUAACAGA